UGAAAGGUCUGGAGCCAAUUUGGCGCCAUUGGGCUGCUCCAUGUUCAUCGGGGCCGGGUUUUUGUAGAUUUUUGCGGGAAGAUGUGCCCAGCGGGUUCGGCUUCAGAUUCGGUGUGUGGUUCCGCUGCUCUCCAGAUGUAGCGCGGUGGCUCCGGCUGUUUAACGCCUCUGCUCCUUAUUGUGAGAGAGUCCUCAACUCCCCCCGCGGUCCGGGUGGUACGGUCCAGCCCGGGUCACGUGGGAGGCAGAUUCGCGCCAGUUUCAGAUACAGAGAAUUUGGAGAUGGCGCCGAGAGACUAUCAGAGUGAGAAAGAGAAGUGCAGCAAGUUUCUCCAGGAGUUCUACACGGACAGUGCACUCGGGCAGAAGCAGUUCAAAUACACAGACCAACUGGUGCAGCUAGCUCACCGUGAGAAAGUCGCGCUCUACAUCGAUUUGGAAGACAUUGCAGAGGAAGAUCCCGAGCUGGUGGACUCGAUCUGUGAGAACACGCGGCGAUACGUGAACCUCUUUGCUGAUGCCAUCCAGGAGCUGUUGCCACGGUUCAAGGCGAGAGAGGUGGUGAGCAAGGAUGCUCUGGACGUUUACAUCGAGCAUCGGCUGAUGAUGGAGCAGCGGACGCGAGAUCCCAAUGAAAUCCAUGACGCUCAGAACCAAUACCCACAGGAGCUCCUGCGCAGAUUCGAGGUUUAUUUCAAGCCUCCCAGCACCGUCAAGCCCAAGGUGAUCAGAGACGUGAAGGCAGACAGCAUCGGGAAGCUUGUGACUGUCCGAGGCAUCGUCACCAGAGUGAUGGAGGUCAAGCCCAUGAUGGUGGUCGCCACGUACACGUGUGAUCAGUGUGGGGCAGAAACCUACCAGCCGAUCCAGUCUCCGAGCUUCAUGCCGCUGAUCAUGUGCCCGAGCCGUGAGUGUCAAACCAACAAAUCAGGAGGAAGACUCUACCUGCAGUCGCGAGGGUCGAAGUUCAUCAAAUUUCAGGAAAUUAAAAUCCAGGAACAUAGUGACCAAGUACCGGUGGGAAACAUUCCUCGCAGCAUGACGGUGUACAGCCGAGGGGAAAACACAAGACUGGCGCAGCCCGGGGACCAUGUCAGCAUCACUGGCAUCUUCCUUCCCAUGAUGCGGACUGGCUUCAGGCAGGUGGUUCAGGGCCUGCUCUCUGAGACGUACCUGGAAGCUCACCGGAUCAGCCAGAUGAAUAAAACUGAAGACGACGAAUUGGGAGCCCAGGAACUGAGCGAGGAUGAGCUGAAACAAAUCACGGAGGAGGAUUUCUACGAGAAGCUCGCGGCCUCGAUUGCGCCCGAAAUCUACGGGCACGAGGAUGUGAAGAAAGCUCUGCUCCUGCUCCUGGUCGGAGGGGUGGAUCAGUCUCCCAAAGGAAUGAAGAUCAGAGGAAACAUCAACAUCUGUCUGAUGGGAGAUCCUGGUGUGGCAAAAUCACAGCUGCUCUGCUACAUAGACAGACUCGCAUCGAGGAGUCAGUAUACCACAGGCCGGGGAUCUUCAGGCGUGGGUCUGACUGCUGCAGUGAUGAAGGACCCGGUUACCGGGGAGAUGAUUCUGGAGGGUGGAGCCCUGGUGCUGGCUGACCAAGGAAUCUGCUGCAUUGACGAGUUUGAUAAGAUGAUGGACUCCGACCGGACUGCCAUUCAUGAGGUGAUGGAGCAGCAGACCAUCUCGAUCGCUAAGGCCGGCAUCAUGACCACACUGAACGCCCGCUGCUCGAUCCUGGCAGCCGCGAAUCCUGCCUACGGCCGCUACAAUCCCAAGAAAACUGUGGAGCAGAACAUCCAGCUCCCAGCUGCGCUGCUGUCCAGAUUCGACCUCCUGUGGCUCAUUCAGGAUAAACCGGACCGGGAUAAUGACCUGAGGCUAGCUCAACACAUCACCUACGUACACCAGCACAGCAAGCAGCCGCCGUCACAGUUCCAGCCAUUGGACAUGAAGCUCAUGAGGCGCUACAUUACCUUGUGCAAAAAGAAACAGCCAAUGAUCCCAGAGUCGCUGGCUGAUUACAUCACUGCUGCUUAUGUAGAGAUGAGGAAGGAGUCACGAGUCAACAAGGACAUGACCUUUACAUCUGCCAGGACACUGCUGUCUGUCCUGCGUAUCUCCACAGCCCUGGCUCGACUCCGCCUGGUCGACACUGUGGAGAAGGAAGACGUGAAUGAAGCAAUGAGGCUGAUGGAGAUGUCGAAGGACUCUCUGGUUGGAGAAAGGGGUCAAACCAGGGCACAGCGGCCAGCUGAUGUGAUCUUUGCCACCAUCCGGGAGAUGAUUGCUGACACGACGGCGCGAGUGGUGAAGUAUUCCGAGGCUGAGCAGAGGUGCGUUUCGAAGGGAUUUACCCCAGCACAGGUCGAGGCGGCGCUGGAGGAGUACGAGGAACUGAACGUCUGGCAAGUGAAUCAGGCACGGACCAAGAUCACCUUCGUAUGAGCGGGACGCGGACCUGCUACUGCCACUGGAGACUUACCUGACUAAGAUUGGCUUAACUUGGCACAGCCCUGUUUCUCGAAUGCCCUCUCUGCCCAGCAUCCUGCCCACCCUCUCUCUCUGGCCCUGCUCAGGUCUGGUUUUAACAUUCUGUCGCAUUGCUGUGAUCUUCUGCGUCCGUGUUGCGUACAGGAGAUCAGUUAGUGAUUGGAACUGAUUAAUAAAAUCCAUUUAUAACCUU